AGAAAAAAGUUAUCUCAACUACAAGAAAUGCAGUAAUUACCGAAGGAUAAAUACCGAAGGCUUUUUGGACCGUCGGUAAUAUCGAUUUACCGAAGGCUUUACCGAAGGGCAUGUGAGGUGGUAAUUACCGAAGGAUUGUGACCGUCGAUAAUGGCUGAGUGGAAAUACCGAAGGCUUACGACCGUCGGUAUAAGCAUCAACUUAAUGAAAUGCGAAUUUGGGAUUUCCCUCUCCCAUUUGUCCCAAAUUGUUUUCGCACAAGUCUUCCUUUCUCCCUUUACCCGAAAUUUCUUUCUUCGAACACUACUCCCUUUCUUGAUUCCCCAAUCCAUUUGAGUCCCAGAAAAUUGUUUGUCCUUUGCUCCCAAUCAACAUUGGCUUCCUUCUUCGGUUGAUGGUGGUGAGGGGAGGCUUGGAGCUGGUUUGGUGCUGUCGCUACGAGAGGUUGGGUGGUGCAUUUCUGUCAUCUUGGUUAGGGGUUUUCUUUGACGGCUAUUGUACGGUAGAGGCUGAGUGUCUGCCUUUUGUGCCGCUGUGGAGGAGGCUAUGUUGGAGGGAGGGUGUGGACAAUCCCUACUGUGGAGGUUUUGUGUUGCCUUACUUCCCCUACCGUCAAGGUUUUAGGGUUUUGAUAAGGGGCUGAGUCACAGAACGUGUAGAAGGUUCCAACACAGUGGGUUAAAGCUAGUUGCAAAAAGGCUGCACUGAACUGUCCAACAGUUAUCAUUUACAGGUGAGUUUUUAAAGCAAUUGUGGCCAGAAGGGGAGGAAGAGAGUCUACAAAGAAGACUUGAGCAGGAAAGGAUAACAAAGGCGAAGAACAUGGCCCAUUAUCCCAACUAUCGUGGAUGGAUGUACGACCGUUGUUAUAGUGGAAGGAGAGGUUUGAAAGAAUCUUUUGUCAUCGGAGUUGAAGAGUUCGUGGAGACGGCACGACGAUAUCAAUAUUAUGCCCUUGAUGGAGGGAUUCGAUGUCCAUGCAUCAAGUGCGAAUGUACAAGCAUUCUGAAAGAUGAAGUCGUCAAAGUUCACCUUUACCAAAAAGGGUUCAUGCCUAAUUACACGGUCUGGACAUUUCAUGGUGAAGAAAUUCCUUCGACCUCCACUGCAGCUGAAAAACGGCUUGCAUCAGGUUCGAAUACUGUUGUACAUACAUGUGAGAUAGAUCAAUUUGCCUACAUGCAAGAGAUGGUCGACCAUGCUCUUCGUCACCAUGCUGCAGAAGCAGACGAUAGUCAUGAUGAAGAGCCUCCAAAUGAAACGACGCAGAGGUUUUACAAUUUACUGACAGAGGCAAAUCUACCUGUAUUUGAAGGUUCAUCUGAGUCAAAAUUGUCAGUGUGCAUUAGACUCAUGGCUGGCAAAUCUAAUUGGAACGUUCCCAUUCAAGCAGUGGACUUCUAUACAAAACUGAUGUUAGAUUUGACACCACCAAACAAUUUGAUGCCGAAGAAUUAUUACCAAGCCAAAAAAUGUGUUUCGAAGUUGGGAUUGGAUGUGAAGAAGAUUGAUUGUUGUGUUAAUGGAUGUAUGUUAUUCUAUGACAAUGACAGUGGCAAAAAUGAUGCAUUGUUGGUGGAAUGCAAGUUUUGUGGCUCACCUCGAUAUCAGACAAUGCAUGCUGGACGGAGGCAAAAAAAACCAAUUCCAUUAAAGUCCAUGUUCUACUUGCCUAUAAUUCCAAGAUUACAAAGAUUGUUUACUUCAAUGCAAACAGCAGAACACAUGACAUGGCAUGAUGGUAACAAAACUCCGGGACUUUUGCGUCAUCCUUCUGAUGGUGAAGCUUGGAAGCACUUCAAUCGUAAACAUCCAUCCUUUGCUAGUGAACCGCGUAACGUCAGACUUGGUCUAUGCUCUGAUGGGUUUACCCCGUACAUUCAGGCGUUUGCAUCACCGUAUUCAUGUUGGCCCGUGAUAGUUACCCCAUACAAUCUACCACCUGAGAUGUGCAUGACAAAGCCUUACAUGUUUUUAUCGUGAAUAAUACCAGGUCCAUCUAAUCCCAAAUCAUUGAUUGAUGUUUACUUGGAGCCUUUGAUUGAUGAUUUGAAGAAGUUAUGGAAUGGUGUUUGGACGUAUGACGUUUCAAGGAGGUAAAAUUUCCUUAUGAGGGCAGCCUUGAUGUGGACUAUUAAUGACUUCCCAGCGUACGGCAUGUUAUCUGGUUGGAGCACACAUGGUCGAUUAGCUUGUCCACAUUGCAUGGAACAUACAAAGUCAUUCCAAUUGAGUCAUGGCCGGAAAAGUAGUUGGUUUGACUGCCAUCGACGGUUCUUGCCCAUUGAUCACCCCUUUAGAAGAAACAAAAAGGCAUUUCGAAAAGGACAAGUUGAAACGGAUAUGCCCCCGCCAAAGUUGACUGGAUCACACGUGUGGAGAAGAGUGAAAGACUAUCUAAAAGUGACUGAAUCUGGUCAGAAUAGGCUAGAAGGGUUUGGGGAAUGGCAUAAUUGGACUAAAAGAAGCAUAUUCUGGGAACUUCCCUAUUGGAAGGACAACUUGCUAAGACACAACAUCGAUGUGAUGCACACAGAAAAAAAUUUCUUUGACAAUGUCUUCAACACAGUUAUGAAUGUUAAAGGUAAGACAAAAGAUAAUGAGAAAGCAAGAAAAGAUUUACCUUUGUAUUGUGCACGAAAAGACUUAGAGUUGAAGGCACAAGGUAACGGCCGAUUAUUUAAACCAAAAGCAAAUUACACCAUGUCAAAAGACGAGACAAGAAUAGUGUGUGGAUGGAUCAAGGAGCUUAGAAUGCCAGAUGGAUAUGCUUCUAACUUGUGCAGAUGUGCCAAUGUUCAGAACGGUACUAUUCAAGGGUUGAAGAGUCAUGAUUGUCAUGUAUUCAUGGAGACUUUCAUCCCUCUUGCGUUCAGUUGUUUGCCAAUGCACGUGUUACAUCCACUGAUAGAAAUCAGUACUUUCUUUAAAGAUUUGUGUUGCACGACACUAAAGGAAGAUUCCCUUAAAAAGAUGGAUGAAAAUAUCCCGAUUAUUCUCUGCAAAUUGGAAAGAAUAUUCCCUCCUGCAUUCUUUGAUUCAAUGGAGCACAUUCCAAUUCAUCUUGCAUAUGAAGCUUGGCUUGGGGGACCCGUCCAGUACAGGUGGAUGUAUCCCUUUGAAAGGUUUAUGGGAGAAUCCAAACGGUCAGUUAAAAAUAAAGCUAGAGUGGAAGGCUCAAUAUGUGCAGCUUACUUGCACAGAGAGACAACUUAUUUUUGUUCACAUUAUUUCAAGAACUUCAUGUUGUCUCCCACUCAUGUCAGAAAUGAAAUGCAAUGGCAAGUUGAACCACGUGAAGGUGCAUUAUCAGUUUUCCGACAAUCAGGCCGUCACGCAGGGAAAGA